AUGGAAGGGCCAAUGCGAAACGCGACUGUCAGUGAGAAACAGUUUGAUCGGAAGCCGCAUAGACGUCACUGCGAAAGGUCCCUAGCACCCCCUGCAUUGUCCACACCACCCACCAUCACUCCUGCCCCUGCCCCACCCAUCGGUGCUGCUAUCUCACUAUCAGCCACACGCCCCUCAAGGAGAGUGCUGCUCAUGCGCCAGCAGGGUGGAGUGCAGGCGCUGAAGCUCCGCCCCUAUGCGCGCACAGAUGGCGUCCAGCAGGGCAGAGGGGGGGGGGACAUGGUGCUGGGAAGGACGGCGGAUGGGGGGUGUGCUGGUCGGGACGGAGGGGAGGGGAAGGGAGGGGGCCGGGAGAGGAGAGGAGGGAGGGGGGGGAGAGAGGGUAGGGAGGGGAGAGAGGGGAGGGAGGGGAGAGAGGGGAGGGAGGGGAAAGGGGAGGAGGGAGGGGGAGAGAGAGGGGGAGGGGGGGGGGGGUGA